AUGAUGGAGAGAAGAAGAACGGCUUUGGCACUGCUGGUGGUAGUGGUGGUUCUGACGUGUCAAAAGGGGACGACGGCGAAGGACGCAAGAAGCACCGCCGAAAUGGCUAAGAAAAUGGCAACAGAGACUGCUCAAGAAACUAGAGAGAAGACUGCUUCAUGGGUUGGUUGGGUCUCCGACAAAAUCAGCACUGGACUAGGUAGAAAGAAAAAGGAACCCGAAAGUACUGCCCAACGUGCAAAAAAUUACGCUUACAACACCGCGCAAAACGUCAAGGACUCCGCAUAUGACAAUGCUGGUUAUGCAAAGGAUUUUACGUAUCAGAAAGCUGGUGAUGUUAAGGAUAUGGUGUAUGAGAAGGCCGGCAAUGCAAAAGAUAUGGCCUCCGAGAAAGCUGGCUAUGUAAAGGGCAAGGCAUAUGAUAAGGCAGGCAAUGCAAAAGACAUGGCUUACGAUCAGGCAGGACACGCUAAGGAUUUUGCUUAUGACAAGGCAGGCAAUGCGAAGGACAUGGCUUACGAGCAGGCAGGACAUGCUAAAGAUUUUGCUUAUGAUAAGGCUGGUAAUGCAAAGGACAUGGCUUACGAGAAAGCUGGCUAUGUAAAGGACAUGGCCUAUGAUAAGGCAGGCAAUGCAAAAGACAUGGCUUACGAGCAGGCUGGACAUGCAAGAGAUUUUGCUUAUGACAAGGCAGGCAAUGCGAAGGACAUGGCUUAUGAAAAGGCAGGACACGCUAAGGAUUUUGCUUAUGACAAGGCAGCCAAUGCAAAGGACAUGGCUUACGAGAAGGCCGGACAUGGUAAGGAUUAUGCCUAUGAUAAGGCUGGCGAUGCAAAAGAAAUGGCCUAUGAUAAGGCAGGCAUUGCAAAAGAUAUGGCCUAUGAUAAAGCAGACAAUGCAAAAGACAUGGCUUACAAGAAGGCGGGACACGCUAAGGAUUAUGCCUAUGAUAAGGCUGGUGAUGCAAAAGACAUGGCCUAUGAUAAGGCUGGCAUUGCAAAAGACAUGGCUUAUGAUAAGGCGGGGAAUGCAAAGGACAUGGCAUAUGAGAAGGUGGGAUCUGCUUACAGAAGUGCGAAGGACAUGGCAUAUGAAAAGGGGGGCGAUGUGAAAGACAUGGCGUUUGACAAGGUGGGAUCUGCUUACAGUGGUGCUGAGAAAGCAAAGGAUUACGGCUAUGAAAAAGCCGGUGAGGCCAAAGACUUUGCUUACAAGAAAGCAAGCAAUGCAAAAGACGUAGCUUACGAAAAGGCUGGAAAUGCAAAAGAUUUUGCGUAUGAGGAGGCGGGUUACGGGUAUGACAAGGCCGGGGAUGUGAUAAGGAUGGCCACAGACAAGAGCAAUGAAGCCUAUGAAGGAGCUAAAGAAAGGUCAAAGAGUGCUAAAGACAUGGCAGCUGAUAAAGGCGAACAUGCAAUGAAGUAUGGUAGGGACAAAGCAACGGAGGCAAUGGAUGGAUCUGUUGAAUAUAUGAAAGAGAAAUCACACAAAACCAAAGAUGGAGCGGCCAAAGGAUUCGGAGAAACAAUGGACAAGGUUAAGGAAUCGACAAAACACGUAUAUGAAACAGCAAAACAAAAGGCUUCUCAUGUUGCUGAAGAGAUUAGAGAGCGUUAUGUUGAGCUCUAAAUCAACUUCUUAUACAAUUAUGAAUCUAAUCAAAUAUAUUUCCCAAAAUGUAAACACAAAUAGUCUUAAAG